AUGACUUUCCCAAAGAAAAUAUCGAUCAAUAACUUCACACAGAUUCUUAAGACAGAAAUACCCAAAAUUAUAACGUUUGAUGCCUACAAUACAUUGUACACAACAACUCUCCCCAUAUUAGAACAAUAUUGUCUUGUGGGAAGUGCCUAUGGGAUCCAUGCUAACCCCAGUGAAUUAUCCAAGAACUUCCCUCAGAUAUUUAAAGAUUUAGCCACCAAGUACCCAAAUUAUGGUAAGACGUCAGGACUCGCACCUGAACAAUGGUGGGGUUAUCUAAUUAAGAAUAUAUUUAAACCUACUGAUAUUCCAAUUGAAAUGGUCAAUGAGAUAUUACUUCGUUUUGAAGGUUCACAAGCAUACGCUAUCCAUCCUGAUCUACUAGAGUUACUAAAGUAUAUCAAAGAAAUGCAUCCAAAUGUAGUUAUGGGGAUAAUUAGCAACACUGAUCCUAUUAUAUUUAAAGUAUUAGAAAAUUUGGGUAUUUUGAAAUAUUUUAAGGAUUACGUUUAUCUUUCAUAUGAUACUGGGAUAAAGAAACCAAAUGUUGAAGUUUUCAAUUUUGUCUUGAAAGAUAUUGUCAAAACAAACCCUUCAUUAAAUAAGGGUGAUUUAUCUAAUUUGAAACGUCAAUGUUGGCAUAUUGGAGAUGAAUUACAUAAUGAUAUGAUGGCUGCUAAAGAUGCUGGAUGGAAUGGGGUUCUAAUUGAUCGAAUCAAUAAAAGUGGAUACUUAACAGAGUCCUUCGAACAUGCUGUGAGCGAUACACCUUUAUUGUUGAGGGAUAAGUUACAUACAAAUUCAGAAGAAUCGUGGAAAAUCAGCAGUGUACAAACCGAUCUUGUACAGGUUAGUGGACGAGAAUACGUCGUUCCCAAUUUCUAUGUACUUAAAAACUUAUUAUUCUACCAACAGAACAAGUCUUGA